ACUGAACUUGGACGCUUCAAGUCACUUAUAUAUUCAUCAUGACCACCCGUAUUCCCCUCCAACCGCCAAACGUUGGCAGUCUGCGAUCUAACGCGCCACCAAGAAGGUUUUUUGGCAUGCGGAAUGAUACUGAAGAGGACGACGAGCCUUCCGGGCUAGAGCGCAGCACAAGACGGGCGUCAGGUGGCCAGAACCAUCGAAGGCCCAGUUUUGUCUCGCGCUGGAGAACGAGCGCGGACAUGGAGAGCGCCAUCAAGUCUCCAGCACUUGAAAGGCCUCCAAUACCCAACGCUCUUCGCAGCAGCGAGUCCGACUCGACACCGUUACCAGUAUUGCCUAUGAUUGUGUUGUCCAUUACCAUGCUUGGAGAGUUUCUUUCUGCCAAUGUCGCCAUGCCGUUUCUGCUUUUCAUGGUCAAAGGGUUUGGUGAGAUCAGCGACGAAGCCCAGAUCGCCUUUUGGACUGGCAUACUCGUGUCCGCGUUCUUCUUGACGCAGUUCCUGACCUCAUUAUUAUGGGCAACUGCAGCAGAGAGACAUGGUCGUAGACUGGUGUUGACAUUGUCCUUGUUUGGGAGCGCAGUGACGGUGUUGAUUUUUGGGACGUGCACGUCCCUGCGGCAAGCGAUUGCGGUGAGAUUGUUGCAGGGCAUUUUCGCUGGGGCUGUCGGAGUGGCGCGCGGGUGCGUUACUACGAUAACGGACACGACGAACGAGGGGAGAGCAUAUGCUAUCAUGGGAUUCUGUUGGGGACUUGGCGGUGUGGCGGGCGCCAUUAUUGGAGGGUCUUUUGAGAAGCCCGCAGACAAGUGGCCGAACGUGUUUGGCCAAGUGUCACUGCUAGUGGAGUACCCGUACCUACUCCCAUGCGCAGUGGCAGCCAGUAUCACACUUACAGGAUCGUUCCUGUCGCUGUUUCUUGGCCGUGACGGCGGACCACGGGAUGGUGUAAUUCGGCUGCCACUAGAAAAGCCUGAAGAUCGGCACCCGACCAUUCAAGAGGAGGAAGAGGUCACCACCCCCAGCGCGUUCGAUGAUGCUGCACAGCCUGGCUUAGUGAGCUCCAUUACGCGGAAAGUGUCCGGUCAACUAUCUGGUUAUUUCGGAUCUCGCGAUUCAUUCACCACACAAGAGACGCCAUCGUUACCAGUGCCGCUGACGGCGUCGAUAUCGCCCCCACUGGACAACCAGCGCAACUUCUCGAGGAUCGCCCGCACAAAUGGAUCCGCUUAUGGCUACGGGGGAGGCAAUAGGGCGACAAGCACGACCAGCACGACCACGCUUGGUGCAAGGCGUGUGAGUACUGCCAGCACUGUAAGAAGGAGACACGGGAGUGUAUUCGAGGGAUCGACAUCGCUUACGGAUCCCAGCGACCUCAACUUUACUCAGAGACUAUUGAUGGCAAACGAGAACGCGGUAACAAACAUUGCUGAUCUUUGGGUAGCAGCGGCAAUGAACGUGGAUAAUGACGAGACAUUUGAGCCUGAGCAAGACCUAGAUAUGAAUGUCGACUCGGAGUAUAUUGAACACGAAGACAUUCCAAGUUCCGUGACAUCAUCUCCAGUUCAUCGAGGGCGUUCCAUUGGCCGCAACAUCACAAGCGUAUUCGGCAGUCCCGGCCAGCGCUCAUCUGUGAUGACGUUUGGGCAAUCCUCGCGCGUGCGCUCAACAAUGCUGGGUUCUCCUACACUGGAUGGGGUACUGUUCACACUGCGUUCCCCUUCGAUCUUCUCGCACCCUGGAGUGCGUACGCCAUCCAUUGUCCUCGAUGCCCAGGCCCGUGUCCAGGAGUCCACUGGGGAGACUUCGUUGCUCCCCAUCUUUGAACACAGGCAGUCUGUGGUGGAGUCGGAGGUCCCCCCAGAGAAACCUCCAUCCCUGACCUCGCAGCUGCCUCUGGUUGUCAUCUUUCAGUACGGUUUGCUGGCGCUUCACAGCACGACACACGAUCAGGUGUUCUUGUCAUAUCUUGUUACCGACUAUGAGUCGGGGGGUCUGAACCUCAAUCCUGGGCAUUUCUCCCAGCUUAUUGCUCUCAUGUGCCUCGCACAGAUUGUAUACCAGUUUUAUCUCUAUCCAAACAUCGGACCCCCUCGAGGGCGCUUCUCCCACCUCGCAAUGUUCCGUCUCGGGUCACUGCUAUUUAUACCGUCAUACCUUACUGUUACAAUGUAUCGGGGUUUCGCGAGUUCCAAUGACGAAGGAAGCUUCAUUCUUAUGACAGCGCUGGCUCUGAGCACAGCUGUACGUUAUUGCGGAAACACAUUUGGUUACACCGCCAUAUCCAUCCUCCUGAAUUACAUGACGCCCCCACAUGCCGUUGGUUUUGCCAACGGAGUCGCACAGAGUAUAGUCAGUCUCGCACGUUGUUUCGGACCCGUCCUCGGCGGAUACCUUUGGGCAGCUAGCACCAAAGACGAUCCGUCAGGAUAUCCUCUCGGAUUCGUGGCAUGUGCGGGCGUAUGUGCGCUUGCCGUUGCACACAGCUUUUUCAUUCGUUGAUUCGUCACUUUUGAUCUUGUUGUCUUCAAAUGUCUGCGAGAUAGAGUACACUUAUACUGUUUGUAAGCAUAUGAUCAUCCACAACUUUCGUGGACAAAGACAAUGUGUCGCGACCAGUUUGCGUAGCUUAGUCAGCAGUGGGACAGCAUCCAGUCUCUCCGUUUUUC